AUGGAGGCCGAGCGCCCCCCGGCGCCCGGCCCGGCCUGCGGGCGCCCCUCGCCCCGCGCCGCCGGCCCGGAACCCGCGGCCGCGCCCGUGUCGGUGCCCGCGCCGCCGCAGGGCCCGGCCGUGGGCGGUGGCUUGGCGGGCUUGCAGUCCUCGCCCCCGCAGGAGCCGGAGCCGCGGGCCCCGGGGACGUGGGCGGGGGCGGCAGCGGGGCCCCUGACGCCGUCGGCGCACAUCCCAGUGCCAGCGCCCAGAGCCCCCCGAGGGAAGGCGCGGCUGGAUGAGGUCAUGGCCGCCGCGGCCCUCACGAGCCUGUCCGCCAGCCCCCUGCUGCUGGGGCCCCCGGCCUCAGCCUUCGGCACAGAGCCCGGCUUGGAGCCCUGGCCUGAGCCCCUGGGGCGGCCGCCGGGCAGUCGCGGCGGUGGCGGCGGCGGCAGCAGUGGCAGCGGGGACUGGGGCUGGGACGUGGCCGGCGAGCGGUCCUCUCCACCCACCCCGCCGCCCCCGCUGCCCCUGGAGGCAGCCCACUUCCUGUUCGGGGAGCCUGCCCCUCGCAAGAGGAAGGGCGCGGUGCAGGUCCUGUUCCAGUGUCUGUGGAAGCGCUGCGGCAAGGUGCUGAGCACGGCCUCGGGGAUGCAGAGACAUAUCCGCCUGGCGCACCUGGGGCGGCAGGCAGAGCCAGAGCAGAGCGACGGCGAGGAGGACUUUUACUACACGGAGCUGGACACUGGCCUGGAGGUGCUGGCUGACGGGCUCUCCAGCCUGACCCCGAUGGCCCCCACAGCCUCCCUGCCGCCCACCUUCCCACGCCUGGAGCUACCGGAGCCCCCGGCCCUGCCCAGCCUGCUGCGCCCUCUGGCCUUGCCCCCGCCACAGGUGCUGAGCCCCGCGGCGCGCCCCCAGGUGUGCUGUGGCGACCACUCCUACCAGGGCUGCCUGGCGCCCGCCCGGCUGCAGCCGCAGCCCAGCCCGGCUGGGGCCCGCGAGCCAGCCCUGCCCUCCGAGCUUGGUGCCAGCCUGAGGAAGCCCCGCGGAGACGCCAGGAAGUGCCGGAAGGUGUACGGCGUGGAGCGCCGGGACCUCUGGUGCACGGCCUGCCGCUGGAAGAAAGCUUGCCAGCGCUUCCUGGGCGCAGCCUGCUGCCCUGGCCGCCGGGGCUCCCAGCGGAGGAAGUGAGCUGCGCCCCAGCCCUGCCCGGGCCUCCCCGCCGCAGGGUCUGCCUUUCUUGGGGGGGCAGGCGGCGUCAGGGACCCUGCACCCCCAGAGGUGGGGGAGGGUCCCACCACUCGAAGUGCCUCUGAAGAAACCAGCCUUUUGCACUAAAGCCCGGGGUGGGUGGCCGCCCUCCCUGCCGGUCCCUGGACUUGUCAAGGGUGCUGACGGUCUGGCGCCGUGGCCCCGUGGGAGCCGGGCCUGGAUGCACUUUGAGGGGGGCGGGCGGGGCCUACCCCGCACUUAACCCGAUGGAUGGCGGUUCAGGGCCCCGGACGGACCUUGGACCGAGUUUGCGAAGCUCAGGUGUCUUGCGUCUGGGCUGCGCCAGGCGAGGAGACAAAUUAAA